AUGCCAUUUUACUUAGCAGAUCCGUUACAGCGUGCCCAUCUCACCAUGAUGACCUCCGCCUGCGGUACGGCCUUGAGAAACUUCCACGCCCACUCCUUCCCGAACGGCCACAAGCCGGCGCUGACUCCGCCGGAGCAGCGCGCCGCAGCCGCGUGCACAAGGGAGCAGCUGAACGCGCUGCAGCAGUGGGCGGCAGCAGCGAGGCGACGAGCGGCCGUGGCCGACAGCAGCGAGUGGGAGUCGCAGGAGCUGGCAGUGAGGCGGAAGCAGACGUCGCUGGCGCGGAUAGAAGCGGGCGUGGAUGCUGUGUGCCGCGGGGUGCGCGAGAUAGAAGCCAGCCUGAGCGGCGAGUGCCGUGACAGGGGUAACGCGGGUGGCGAGGGUGGCAAGGUGCUGGCAGCUGACGCAGGCGAAACAGGAGCAGGAGCAGGAGCAGGAGCAGGAGCAGGAGUAGGAGCAGGAGCAGGAGCAGGAGCAGGAGCAGGAGCAGGAGCAGGAGCAGGAGCAGGAGCAGGAGCAGGAGCAGGAGCAGGAGCAGGAGGAGAGGGAGCAGUAGGAGCAAAUUGCAGCAUGUGGCCUGAGGCGUGCUGGCCUGUGCCGCACAUGCCCUUUGACGAUGUCAUGGUGCUCCCUCUUUCCUCAGCCUAUUGCCACGAGGGGGCGCAAUUUCCUGGUGUUCGCCUACUCGGACGAGCAGCUCUCCAGCACCUCGUAGAGGCCGCCCACUUCACCCAAGCCACCAACUGCACGCUCGUGCUUCCUAAGGUGCGCCCCCUUGCUUCCUAA